AUAGAGACGACAACAUGGCUGACACCAGAGAAAAGGGUCUUCAAGAUUACAGAAAACGAUUACUUGAACAUAAAGAGAUUGACGGUCGUUUAAAAGAGUUGCGGGAACAGCUCAAGGAACAGACAAAACAAUAUGAAAAAUCUGAAAAUGAUCUGAAGGCCUUACAAAGUGUUGGUCAGAUCGUCGGUGAAGUGCUCAAACAGCUGACAGAGGAGAAAUUCAUCGUGAAGGCAACCAAUGGACCUCGCUACGUUGUCGGCUGUCGCAGACAACUGGACAAAUCACAGCUCAAACCAGGCACCAGGGUGGCCCUGGACAUGACCACCCUGACCAUUAUGAGGUAUCUGCCUAGAGAGGUAGACCCUCUGGUUUACAACAUGUCUCAUGAAGACCCCGGUAGCAUCUCCUAUUCUGAGAUCGGGGGCUUGGCCGAGCAGAUCCGUGAGCUGAGAGAGGUGAUUGAGCUUCCUCUGACCAACCCUGAGCUCUUCCUGAGGGUGGGAAUAAUCCCUCCAAAAGGCUGUCUGCUCUACGGACCUCCAGGCACUGGAAAAACCCUUCUGGCCAGAGCUGUGGCCAGUCAGAUGGACUGUAACUUCCUCAAGGUGGUGUCCAGUUCUAUUGUAGACAAGUACAUUGGAGAGAGCGCCAGGCUCAUCAGGGAGAUGUUCAACUACGCCCGGGACCACCAGCCCUGCAUCAUCUUCAUGGACGAGAUCGACGCCAUCGGUGGCCGAAGAUUCUCAGAGGGCACGUCUGCGGACAGGGAGAUCCAGAGGACACUGAUGGAGCUGCUGAACCAAAUGGACGGCUUUGACACCCUGCACAGAGUCAAGAUGAUCAUGGCCACUAACCGGCCUGACACCCUGGACCCUGCGCUGCUGCGCCCCGGCAGGCUGGACCGCAAGAUCCAUGUUGAGCUGCCCAAUGAACAGGCCCGCUUGGAUAUCCUAAAGAUCCACUCCGGCCCCAUCACCAAACAUGGAGAGAUAGAUUACGAGGCGAUCGUGAAACUUUCAGACGGCUUCAACGGUGCAGAUUUGAGAAAUGUGUGCACGGAAGCAGGAAUGUUUGCAAUCCGUACCGAUCACGAGUAUGUCACUCAGGAAGAUUUCAUGAAGGCCGUUCGGAAGGUGGCCGAUUCGAAGAAACUUGAAUCCAAGCUGGACUACAAGCCUAUAUAAAUGCCUAUAUCUGUAUUUCUAUAUGUGAAAGUGGAGAGUAGGUGAGAAAGCAAGAGAGAUGUGGGUUUUCCUCUUGCAACGUUCUAUUAAAUGACAUUAAGAGACCAUCGCUGGGGG